CGGAAGCGGCGGCGCGGCGCAUGCGCAGGGAGAGGCACGAAGCCGAGCGCUGCCCUGUACUGCCCGCGGGGCCGGCGCGCGUAGAACUUUAGAACGGGAAACGCCGAACGUGGAACGCAGCUGGUUUGAACUGCAACGGCGGCGCCGGGAGACUUCGUAUUUUCCCAAGAACAACUUUGACCACCCGAAAGCCGAGAUCGUGUGCCUGCCUUUGUCUAAGGUUCAGGAGGAAGAAAGGAACAAGUCUGAGGGUUACUUGAAGAUAAAGGGGAGAACAGCAACAGUGAUAUUGGGAUGGUGGUCUAAUAUAUGUCCCCAAAAUGGAAAGAAACGGAGUAUGAGACAUUCUUCAAGCAGUACUGAUGGGUAAGAGAAAAGAGGAAAGUGUUUCUAAAUCUGGAGGCCAUAAAAGGCUAAGACAAGAAGAUGCGGAUAAGUAUGAUGAUGAACCCGAUGAAGCAGAGCAUUCACAUCUAGCAUCUGGCAGCAAUUCUUGCUCACAGUUGACUUCAGGGGAAGUUGGGAUAAUUGAAAGCAUCCAACUAAAAAACUUUAUGUGCCACUCAAUGCUCGGACCCUUUCAGUUUGGAUCCAAUGUCAAUUUUGUGGUGGGAAACAAUGGAAGUGGGAAGAGUGCUGUAUUAACUGCUCUUAUUGUUGGUCUUGGUGGAAAAGCUACCACAACUAAUAGAGGAUCCUCUUUAAAAGUAUUUGUAAAAGAUGGAGAGUCUUCUGCAGAUGUUUCAAUAACAUUACGAAACCAAGGUAGAGAUGCCUUUAAGCCAGAUGUUUAUGGCGAUUCUAUUGUUGUCAGUCAGCGUAUUAACGCGGAUGGAAGUCGUAGUUAUAAACUGAAAAGCAAAUCAGGGACCUCAAUUUCUUGUAAGAAAGAGGAACUUGUAGCAAUAUUGGAUCAUUUUAACAUACAGGUAGAUAAUCCUGUGUCUGUUUUAACCCAAGAGAUGAGCAAGCAUUUCUUACAGUCUAAAAAUGAAGGUGACAAGUACAAGUUCUUUAUGAAGGCAACCCAGCUGGAGCAGAUGAAAGAUGAUUAUUCAUACAUUAUGAAAACUAAAGAAAAUACAUCUCUCCAGAUAGAGCAAGGAGUAGAGCGUCUUCGAGAACUAAAGCAACUCUAUAUGGAAAAAAAGGAACGUUAUAGAACCAUUGGGUUUGUGAAUGAAAUGCGAAACUAUCUAGAAGAACUGAAAAACAAAAUGGCUUGGGCAGUGGUCAGUGAGGCAGAAAAAGAAAUAAAACCAAUCCAAGAGAGGAUCAGUCUUGAAGAAGGAUGUACAGAUAAGUAUGUCCAGAAGCUAAGUGAAUGGCAGGUCAAAGUAAAUGAAGCAGAAGAAAAGUACAAGACCAUCCAAGAUCAGUUAAAAAAGAUACAUGAAGAAGCACAACUAUUACAGCCUCAGUGUGUUUCUUUGAAAUCAGAUCUUCAAGCAAAAAGAAGAGCAUACAAUGAAGCUGAGGUUCUUUAUAAUCGAUUCAGAAUUGAAUUAAGACGACUAGAAAAAGAUGAUAUACAGCUACGCAAACGGAUUGAAGAACUGAAAAAUAGUGCCGAGCAAGUUUCAGAUCCUGAAAAAUUGGAAAGACAAAGAAAAAUCACCCAGUUGAAAGAGCAGUUAAAGGUGUUCUCUGAUCAGGAAACUGUGAUUGGUCAACAGCUGCAACAGUUUCAGCAAGCUAUAUACAAGUACAAGGAAGAACAUUCCAGACUUAAGAGAGAAGAACUUGAAGUGAAACAAGUACUGGAUGCCAAGCAGAGACAGCUUAAGGAGCUGCAUGGGAGUAAAACAAAUCAGUUGAAAAGGUUUGGACAACACAUGCCAGCCCUUCUUGAAGCAGUUGAGGAAGCCUUUAGGCAAGGGCGUUUCAAAGAAAAACCUGUUGGGCCACUAGGUGCUUAUCUUCAUCUCAAAGAUGCAGAACUUACUCUAGCUGUUGAAGCUUGUUUAAAGAGUCUGCUUCAAGCAUUUUGUUGUGAUAAUCAUAACGAUGAGAGAACACUUCAGGCCUUGAUGUCAAGAUAUUGUUCACCUGGGAUUCGCCCACAAAUAAUUGUGAACAGGUUUCGGAAUGAAGUUUAUAAUGUCAGAUGCAGGGCAGUUUAUCACCCAGAAUUCCCAUCAGUCCUUACAGCCCUGGAAAUAGAUAACGCAGUGGUUACCAACUGUUUGAUUGACAUGCGGGGCAUAGAAACAGUCCUUCUAAUUAAAAGCAGCUGUGUGGCUCGUAAGGUAAUGCAGAGUAACAAGCCUCCAAAAAACUGUCGAGAAGCUUUCACUGCUGAAGGUGAUCAGGUGUUUGAGAGACGAUAUUACUCCUCUGAAAACACUAGACCCAGGUUCCUAAGUAAAGAUGUAGAUGUUGAAAUAAGUCUCCUGGAAAAUGAAGUUGAAAAUAAGAAGGCACAGUUGUUAACAUCACAACAGCAUUUACAUUCGAUUGAAAAUGAGAUCAGACAAAAUGAAGAUUAUUUUAAUCAACAUCGUCAACACCAAAAAGAACUGCAGAUCAAACUAAGAAGAAUAAACGUAGAAAUAAUGGAUCUCGAGAAUGUAGAAGAACACCAAUCAGUGGACAUCUCUACACUAGUAGAUGAAACUCAAGAAAACAAGAAUAAGAUGGAAACUGUUAAAGGAGAUAUGCAAAAACAGAAGGUGAUAAUGGAGGAACUGAAGAAUAAUCUACAAGCAGCUGAACAUAAACUUGAAGAAAUUAAAGACAAAAUUCAUCAAGUAGAAGAAGUAGCUGGUCCUGUGAAGGAUGAAUUAAACCAAGUUGAUUCAGAAAUGGAAAAAUGUAAAUGCCACUGGCAACACUACGAAGAAAAACAGAAACAACAUUUGGCAUCCAUAAACACCCAAAAAGAACUUCUGGCUUCUAAAGAAAAAAAAUUGAAGGAAAAGAUUGCACAGGCCAUGCAAAUCUACCCUGAGAGGAUAGAAGUCGACAGAACCGUAAAGAGUCUUGACACAGAAAUGAAUCGCUUAAGGGAAAAGAUAAAUUCAGAAGCAGAUCGUCAUGGAAACAGAGACGAAAUAAUAAAGGAGUUCUGUGAAGCAAAGGACAAAUAUGAGGAUGCAGAAGGUAAAGUGAAAAAUCUGAAGAAAUUUAUUAAACUGUUGGAUAAAAUAAUGACACAGAGAUACAAAACGUAUCAGCAGUUCAGAAGGUAAGUUUUUACUGGUUCAAGCACUCCAUGUAAUUUCAUGUGUAAGAGCAAGUUAAAAAGUUAGUUU